AUGUUUCAGGAUUGUUCCAAGCAAACAAAGAGAGCCAGUUUCUCACAGACAAAGAAACACAAAUUAUCGCUAGGCAAGGAUGACUCGUUCGAUAGGAAGUAUGAAUCAGCUGUUAAAUCAUACCAUAAUUACAUGGAAGGUUUACAUUUGGUACUGAAAGAAAAAGAAAGGAGCAUGUUAAAAAUUCUCCGUAAGCGAAGCAGUCCUAUGUGGUUUCAAGAGCUGACCGAUGAGCAAUGUUCGAUUUGCGACCAGAUGUUGGAUGCUAUCGGGGAUGAUUUGGACGAAUCUACGUUUCAUCGUUCGAAGAAUCUUCUUCGAAAGCUAGGCGUCUUUCCUGUUUGUCAAGACAGAAUCAUUCGAACCGCGUUGAUACUUUGCAAUCGUAAUGAUAUAUCCUUCUUGUGGCUCCUUCUCGAACUAUGGUACAUACGGCGUCCUCGUAAGUCGGAAGCCCCCUACGAGACAGGAUAUUCCAUCAACGAACGGUUACUCAUCUCUUCCAUUGCCCACUUGGAUAUGGUUACUACAUUACGUGGUUUGGAUAUGGUCUUGCCUCCUCCAAGGAAAGUUGAAAAUAUCAAUCCACAAGAAAAGAGAAGCGGCACAAAAAGUCCUGCAUCGAAAACGUCUGCACGUAGGUCGCCAUAUGAAAAACCAUUAAUGAUAAAAUUAACCGGAUACACAGUUCCUCUUGACAUACAACUACACCGAGAUGAAUUCCUUGGACGCUACUCACAUUACCGGGAUCCGGAGUUUAUCGUCCGCAAUGAAGAAUCCCGAUGGUUUGCGAGAUGCAGUGGAUCUGGGAGAAACAAGUUUUCCUACCAGGGAUAUAUUUCCGCAACGGACGAUACGAUGGAAUCGGAAAUCAAAAGCGAGUCAUUUCAAAGUGCAAAUGCAAUCGUAAAGACACUGCUAGAUGAGCAUGUACGAAACAUGGUGGACCGUGUGGAAUGUUGCCAAAUUCUGUGCCCCAAACACCACCAACUGGGCGAAGGAUGUUCGAAUAUUUUGCAACACUUGCAGGGUAACGCCACCGUCCGCGAGGCCUUGAUGGCAUCAGUGCGUUCUCAGUGUGCACAGUGGAAAGAAGAAGAGCUCCUUACGGCAGGAAAACAACAGGUGAACAAUUUGCUGGGACGGCUAGUCGAUGAAGCUGUGGCGUUGGCGAUACUCGAACCUGUUGGAAGUUGCCCCAAAUGUUGGCAACGAUUCGACAUGCAACAGAAGCUUCGUAGCGGGCAAAAGUGUGUUUGUGCGAUUUCAGAGGACUUGGCCACGAUUCCGACCCCACCGGAAGCUCACCCAACGCAGCAGUAUUUCAAAAUGUGCAUUGAUAAAGCUCAGCCAUAUGAAUUUGAUCAUGCUAAAAUAUUCGACGAUGAUGAACGACGAAAGGAAAAUCUCGCGUGUCCCAUAAAACGUGCCAUCCAACGUGCGCUACGCGGGAAGGACGACGUCGGCAACGUUGACAUCGACCGUUUGAUCGUAAACUUUGUGCGCAACACGUGGCAAGAGGAGCUGAAGCAACAAAACGAACGGCUGAUGAAUGAAAAAAUGGCGAAAAGCCAGCAGCAACCUGUAGAAAAAGAUCCGCUCGAUAUGGAAUAUGUUACCACCAAAGACGUAGCCGUUUUGCAGAAACUGUUGAAACGUGCCCUUCGCAAGCUUGCCGAUCAUCCGAUGUACAUACUGGCCACUUUUCCCGAGGUUGAUAAGUUACCCAUUUUGAUAGCAUGGACACGCGAUCGGUACGGGGUUCCAGUAAGCCAUCGGGAACGUGCAACCGCCCUGGAGGAGAGUAAAAUCUUUUGGGACACACUCGUCCCACGUGUCACUGGAGUCCGGUGGCCCACAAGGAGAGAUACUGGAUUGAAAACUACAGUAAACUGGAACUACAAAAUUCAGCUUGAAGAAAUGGCUAGCAAGUUGAUGCAAAAAUUCUACCGAAGAUUCAACAACGUUCAGGUGCAGGAGAAUCGCCUCUGGUGGACCACCAUGGUUCCGUAUCAUGCCGGAGUGGAACGCUUUCGUCGCACGUUUUCUGCAUAUUUUCCGAACUGUGAACCAUUCAUGGUACCAGUGUCGCGCCCCUGGCGCUCACAUGACUACAGACCAAUGUCCAGGGCUACAGGUAGUAGAAGCGGGGUUUGA